AAGGCUGAAAUUCAUGGAUGAAACAUCGGAUAGAACAAUGAGGCAAGUGACGUUGUUCGUCUUUCUCCUCUCGCUUGGUUCUGUAAUCGGACAGGUCAGUUACACUAUUCCUGAAGAAAAAACAAAGGGAUCUAUAGUUGGAGACAUAGCUCAUGAUUUAGGUUUGGAUACUAAACGUUUUGUCUCGGGUAAAGCUCGGAUUUAUACCCGAGACAGUGGAGAAUACGUGGCGCUGGGCAGAGAGAGAGGAGUCCUGCUUGUUAAAGAAAGGAUCGACAGAGAGGCGCUCUGCAAACAGACGACGCCCUGCGCGUUACAUUUCCAGAUUAUAUUGGAAAAUCCUAUGGAGUUUUACACGGUUACAGUCCAGAUUACAGAUGUUAAUGAUAACGCACCAACAUUUAAAAAAAACGAGAUUGUUUUUAAAAUCAGUGAGUCAGCGGUAAUUGGGUCACGAUUUGUUUUAGACAAAGCUGUGGACCUGGAUGUAGGAAUGAAUAGUGUUCACGGAUAUGAUUUGAAACCAUCAGAUCAUUUUGCUCUGAAGCUCCACAACAGCGCUGAUGGAAACAAAAACGUAGAGAUGGUUUUACAGAAGCCUUUAGACAGAGAGAAGCAGGAGCAGAUCAAUCUGGUGUUAACGGCUGUAGAUGGAGGAGAGCCGCAGAUGUCAGGAACGAUGCAGAUUGUUAUUACAGUCUUAGACGCUAAUGAUAAUGCUCCUGUUUUUACACAGAAAACAUACAAAGCUACAGUGACUGAAAACUCACCUAAAGGCACCGUUGUUGCUACAGUUACAGCAUCAGAUGCAGAUGAAGGCUCCAACAGUAAAAUAACAUAUUCAAUUAAGAACGAAAACGAUGAAGACAGUGGAGUAUUCGAGAUUAAUAGAGAAAAUGGUGAAAUAAUUGUGGUUGGAACUAUUGAUUUUGAAAAGUCUCGCGAUUAUAAAAUCAGUCUGCUUGCUAGUGAUGACGGAGGACUUUCAGAUUCGUCUAAAUUAAUUGUGGAAGUUCAAGACAUUAAUGAUAAUAAACCUGAAAUUAACAUAAUGUCUAAAUCAAACGUGAUAUCUGAGAAUGCUGACGUAAAUACAGUUGUUACAAUGAUAAAUAUUGAUGACAAAGACGCGGGAGAAAAUGGAAAAGUUAUUUGUUACGUAACCGAAAAUAUACCGUUCAUGUUAAAAUCCUCCUCAAAUAAUUUCUACAGUUUAGUGACAGACAGCGAGUUAGACAGGGAGAGAGCCUCUGAAUAUAACAUCACGGUGAGCUGCUCUGAUGAAGGAGUGCCCUCCCUCUCCAGCAGCGUCACUCUCACCUUACAGAUCUCUGAUGUGAACGACAACGCGCCUGUCUUUGAGAGGAGCUCAUAUGAGGCCUACAUUGUAGAAAACAACACACCAGGUCUCUCUAUAUUCACAGUGAAAGCCACAGACGCUGACUGGAACCAGAAUGCCCGUGUUUCUUACAUACUGGAGGACUCCUCCGUUAACGGAGCUCCGGUCUCCUCAUAUGUGUCCGUUAGUGCUGAUAGCGGAGUCAUCCACGCAGUGCGCUCUUUUGACUACGAGCAGAUCAAAGACUUCCGGUUUCACGUUAAAGCCCAGGAUGGAGGCUCUCCUCCUCUCAGCAGCAACGUGACUGUGAAAAUACUGAUCCAGGACCAGAACGAUAACCCCCCUCAGGUCCUGUACCCGGUCCAGACUGGAGGCUCCGUGGUGGCUGAGAUGGUGCCUCGUUCAGCAGAAGUGGGCUAUCUGGUGACUAAAGUGGUGGCUGUUGAUGUGGACUCUGGACAGAACGCCUGGCUCUCCUAUAAACUGCAGAAAGCCACAGACAGGGCGCUGUUUGAAGUGGGCUUACAGAAUGGAGAAAUCAGAACUAUCCGUCAAGUGACUGAUAAAGAUGCUGUGAAACAAAGACUGACUGUUAUAGUGGAGGACAACGGCCAGCCCUCUCGUUCAGCUACAGUCAUUGUUAACGUGGCGGUGGCGGACAGCUUCCCUGAAGUGCUGUCGGAGUUCACUGACUCUAUACACAACAAGGAGUACAAUGACAACCUGACAUUUUACUUAGUCUUGGCUCUGGCUGUAGUUUCCUUCCUCUUCAUCACCUGUUUGGUGGUUAUCAUCUCAGUGAAAAUCUACAGAUGGAGACAGUCUCGCAUCCUGUAUCACUCCAGCCUCCCUGUCAUUCCAUAUUGUCCACCACGUUACUCAGACACGCUGGGGACAGGAACUCUCCAACAUGUGUACAACUACGAGGUGUGCAGGACCACUGACUCCAGAAAGAGUGACUGUAAGUUCGGCAGAGCUGCUAGUCAGAACGUGUUGGUAAUGGACCCCAGUUCUACAGGAACCAUGCAGAGGAUGCAGGGUGAGAAGAGCAUCCUGGAUGAGCCUGACUCUCCUUUAGAGGUUAGAAUAUUUACCAUAUCUAAAUCGUGCAAGUUUUUAUUUUUCAUGGAAUUGGUGUGUUUAUUUAUUGUUAUGAGACUUCUAUAUCAUUGAU